AUGGCGGUGGCAGAUGUGAAGUUAAAUUCACCAACUCAAACAAACAGUCAAAGUGUUGUUGUCAAUGUCAAAGAAAGAGAUGUUGAAGUGGGGAAACCAUACGAAGACGAAGAUGGUAUAACAAUAGUUCCUGUAAAAGAACAACCAACAUACCCUGAAGUUAGCAGAGACUUAAGUUCUGUUGCAGAUAUUCGAAACGACUACCAACAACUUAAAGACAAACUUAAAACUCAGGAGAAGAUUUGUCAAGCUUUGGGUAUAAUGUUAAACUUGGUCGAACACAACCCUGUAAAAGUGAACUCAUAUGUCAUCGCACCUCAUGAAGUUUUGAAAGAACUAUUGA